AUGGUCGCCUCGCUUUCGCAUCUCUUCGGUGCGAGCGUCCUACUAUUCUCUACCGUCUGGUGUGCGCUUGCCACGCCGCAGCUACUACCACGCAACUCGACGGGCUUGAGGAACGCUGUCACUUGGGACGAGCAUUCGCUUUUCAUCAACGGCGUCCGCACCUUCAUUCUCUCAGCGGAAUACCACCCAUGGCGACUACCAAACCCUAACCUGUGGUCCGAUGUCUUCCAGAAGAUAAAAGCAAAUGGCUUCAACACAGUCUCGUUCUAUGUGGAUUGGGCCGUUCAUUUCCCGACUCCCGAUACGAAUGGGGGUGCAGGUGACUGGCAAGCCGGGACGUACCGGGAUCUUCAGAGGUUCAUCGACGACGCCAAGGACGCAGGGCUGUGGCUCAUUGCCCGCCCUGGACCGUACAUCAACGCUGAGACGUCGGGAGGAGGUUUCCCCGGGUGGCUUGGUAAUAUUGAAGGAGCUUUGAGGACGGAUGCCGAGGAUUAUCAUCAGGCUUGGGUCCCAUAUCUCACUGCGGUAUCCAAGAUCAUUGCGAAGAACCAAGUCACGAACGGGGGCCCGAUUAUCUUGGUACAAGCGGAAAACGAGUUUAGCGAGGGAUCGACCCGGAGUCCGUACAUGCAGCAAGUCAUUGAUUUGCACCGCGCAAAUGGCGUUGUCGUCCCAAUCAUCCAUAACGACCAGCAUGGAGGAACCACGGGUAACUUCAGUCCGGACCAGCCGGGCGAGGGCGACGUCAAUAUUUACUGUGGUGAUUCGUAUCCUCAAGGCACGACACGCUGGAACCAAGUGCAGCCGUAUUCAUACUAUUAUGGUGGCCACAAAGCCGUAGCUCCUAGCAAUCCGCUGUGCCUUGCCGAGUUCGGCGGAGGUUGGCUGCAGGGGUGGCAAGGGACAACCAGGGGUGGAACGGGAUAUGAGAGGUUCACGUACGAUUUGACCGGUCCGAACUAUGAGGACAUUUUCUACAAGGAAAACUACGCCCAAACUGCCACUAUCCUGAAUAUCUACAUGUUAUUUGGCGGUACGAACUGGGGACAUACGUAUGAGCCAACGGUCUAUUCAAGCUACGAUUACGGUGCUGGAAUCAACGAGAAUCGCAUUGCUACACAAAAGAUGAACGAGAUGCGAACGCAAGGCUACUUUCUCCGCGUUUCUCCGGACCUGCUUGCAUCGAACUUCAACGGCAAUGGAACGAACUACACCACGAACUCUUUGCUGUAUGCUGUCGAGCUGCGCAACCCCGACACGGGAGCAGCUUUCUACUUUGUCAGACAUUCUGACUCAACCUCGACUGCUGUAACAUCGGGCCAAUUGAGCGUGAACACGCUAGAAGGCGUAUUCACCGUGCCGCAGAACGGCUCACUGACUAUCUCCGGGCGCGAAUACAAAAUUCUUCCUACCGACUAUAUCUUCGGUUCGCAGAAGACGAAGAUAAUAUACACGACGGCUGAGAUUCUGACAUGGACCACCAUGGACUCGACCGACUUCCUGAUACUCUACGCGCCUAAGGGAGAAACCGGAGAAACGGUUUUCUCCUUCGCGUCCGCACCUAGGGUAGACCUCUCGAGUGCACCGGGGGCUUCGUCGCGUUUUGCGAACUCUACGUUGAGGUUGAACUAUGUCCUGAAUGGACUCGGUGUCAUCAAAUUCAAUCAUGGUCAAAAACAAACCGUAAUCAUUCUGAUGGACAAGGACGCAGCAUUCACCUGGAGCGCGCCCGUGCUCGCGGGAAGUGGACCAUUUGGUAGCCACUUCGGAGUCGGGACGAAUGCUACCGUUUUUGUUGGCGGGCCGUACCUCGUCCGAACAGCUACUACGUCCGGGGGCACCCUCAAAUUAACGGGCGAUAACAAUGGUACCACGAGCAUCGAGUUCUUCGCGCCAUCCGCUGUGUCGAGGCUAUCGUGGAACAGCAAAAGCGUCCCGGUUUCCAGAACCCCGUAUGGCUCGUACAAAGGCACUCUAGGGACCGUGAAGACGGUCACGCCACCCAGUCUCGGUUCAUGGAAGGUUAUCGGAAGCUUGCCCGAGGUUGAGCCCGGAUUCGACGACUCGAGCUUCAUCACAUGCAGUCAGACAGCCACGAACUACACCCUUGCCCCGCUCGCUGGAGAUAAGGUUCUCUACUCUCAGCAGUAUGGUAUUUACGGCGGCAACCUAAUCUGGCGUGGUCACUUCAACGCCUCCGGGCAGGAGCAAGCCGUAAAUUUGACGGUUCAGAGCGGCUUCGGCCAUGGUUAUUCCACCUGGCUGAACGGCGUGUUCCUCGGCUCCAGCCAAGGCAACUCCACCGUCAGCUUGACCACCGAUAUAUGGAAUAUUCCCAACGGUACCUUGAGAAUUGGUCAGGACAACGUUUUGACAGUUCUUCAAGAUCACAUGGGGAUCGUGGAGACGAGCACGAACAGUGGUAAAGAACCACGGGGCAUUCGAGGAUACUCCAUCAUCGGAGGUAACACGACCUUCAAUACGUGGAAGCUACAAGGAAAUCAGGGAGGCGCUGCUGGAACGCCGGAUACGUUCCGAGGUUAUAUGAACGAAGGCGGACUCUACGCUGAGAGGAUUGGCGCUCAUCUACCGGGCUUCCCUGACGCGGCAUGGGCGGCGGGAUCGCCCCUUGCGAUCUCCGGAGGCGGUCUGAGCGGACCCGGUGUCAACUUCUACCGCACUCAGUUCAAUCUGAACCUCCCAAGCCACACGGACGUGCCGAUUAGGCUGUCCAUCGCCCCGAGCGAUAUCACCUCCAACUUCCGCGUGCAGAUAUAUCUGAACGGGUGGAUGCUGGGAAAAUACAUCAAUAACUUCGGCCCUCAGACUGAUUUCGUGUUACCUGCUGGGAUCCUACUCCCGAACGCGGAAAACACUCUGGCGAUAUCGCUGUGGUCCCUCGAUUCUGCCGGCGCAUCGCUCGCUGGGUUGAGCCUCAUCUCUGACGGCACGUUUGCCACGAGUCUCGGUUCUGAGAUUGCGGAUUGGACUGCGGCACCCAAUUACGCCGCUCAGAAGAGUAAGCGUCCCAGCCCGACGUACGUCAAACCACUGUAAGAGUUUGAUCGAUCAUGUUGUGUGACCAGUCGCCGUAAAAGCUGUAUGGGAGGGAAUGUUGCUUCCUGCAAACAAAUACAUAGCUUGCAUAAAACGGCAUUACACAUGAAAUCCGAAUGAGAACAUCAACUGCGCUAACCGCGGAUCCGCAGCGUGUGCCGGGGUCCGCAUUGCACCUGCCCCAGGGGACGCCCGUUUUUGUCCAGCUUGAUGGUGGACGAAGACGCCCUUUGCUCUGGUGGGAGCAAGUCAUCUGUCGUUUUCCGUUUCUUCUUGGCCGUUGGCCCUGGCAAAGUCCAGUCUGCCCGGUAAGCCGCCUGAUCUGGCCAUAUAAGGUCCCCGUGGGCUUUCGUGGACGCAUCGGCCUGGUCUUUGGUUUUGGGCGCAGUUGAAAGCUUUCUCGGUGAACUCGAUGACGGCCCGGUGAUGUAUUCACGGGAUGGCGAUACGGCCGACAUGGACACGCCUUCAGCGAGGACAUCGAGACUGGCGUCUACACGUUCCGCAGCUACAUUGGACGGCAUGUUCUCCUUGCCCGUGGGCGUAGCCCAUGCCCUGUGUGUUGUUGCAACCUCGGAUCCCGAGCUCAUACGCUUAAGUUCCUCUUUCGCAGCCUUGACCUUCUGCUUGUAUUCCUCGCUGAUCUUCUUAUGCCGCACGAGUGUGACCUUCAGGCUCGCAAUCUCCUGGUCUUUCUCCUUCAGAGCAGCCCACUUUGCUUCUUCCUCUCGCUUUGCCCGUAGCUUCGCGUCUGACGCCUGCUCCUGGAGCAGCUGAUUCUGUCGUUCGAGUCCCUGUGCCUUCUCCUGCCACCGCUUUGCUCCUUCGACAGCGCUGUUGCGUUCGUGGUGGAGCCGCGCACAUCGCUGCUCCAAUCGCUCGGCAGCCUCCGCGGUCUCUGCGAGGACUACUUGCAGAUCGAGCUGACCAGCUUCAGCUUCUUUCAUCCCUUUUAUUCUCUUCUUCAGAUCCCUGACCUCCUUGCGGGCGUCCCUGAGCUGCGCGUCCAUUUCCGUCCUCGCAUCCCGAUCUCGUGCAGCUUCCGCGAACAUGGGUGCGAUGCGUGAUUUGAAAUCUUCGAUGGCCCGCAGUAGUGUACUCUCUACGUUGUUCGAUGCGAGUCCGCCUGCUACGCGAGACAGUUCUUCGCCAGCUCUGGCAACACUCCGAAGCUCGGACCCUGCACCCAUUCGCGCCAUUCGCUGAGCUACAUGAUUUGCAUGUCGCACGACGGCAUCCGGAAUGACCUCAUCCUCUUCCGGUUCGAUUGGAUCAGAGGCCACCAACUCGAUAAAGAUGUUACAAGGUCCAAUGUCGCGUAGAGUGCUUGGGCGGCGACAAUUUGGGCAAU